AUGGUUGUCAAGGAGUACGUGACCUACAACGAUGUCCACAAGCUGUGCCAGGAGGCAGCACCUCGCAUUCUUGAGGACUUCAAGCCCCAGCUUAUGAUCGCCAUCGGAGGAGGAGGAUAUGUGCCUGCACGAAUUUUGCGAUCUUUCCUCAAGCAGCCAGGCUCACCCAAUAUUCCCAUCCAAGCCAUCGGACUGUCUCUCUACGAAGCCCUGCCUCCCUCCCACGCCUCUGGUGCGAACACCCCAGGCGAUGUCGAGCAACUCGGUACCAAAGUAACAAGAACACAAUGGUUGGACUUGACGAGUCUGGGAGAGAUGGAGAACUUGGUCGGCAAGCGCAUCUUGAUCGUUGAUGAGGUUGACGACACCAGAACAACUCUGGAGUAUGCCGUCAAGGAGUUGGAGAAGGAUGUCGAGCUCGCAAGACAAAAGUUGGGUGGCCAGGGAGAGAAGACUGUGUUUUCGAUCUUUGUUCUGCAUAACAAGAAUAAGGACAAGAAGGGUCAACUGCCAGAGGAUAUGCUCAACGAAAACAGAUACUUGGCCGCCAGGACUGUGCCAGAUGUUUGGAUUUGCUACCCAUGGGAGGCUACCGACAUCGAUGCCCAUGACAAGAUGGCGAGAGAGCAGCCCGCGAUUUAG